AUGGCUACACCAUUCCUCGAUCUUCAAGGAAAUCCGAUCUCCCAGGACCAGGUUCUCGGGAACUCAGCGCUAGUGCUACUUCAAGAUGGAGUCGCUGUCAAAACCCCUUUGAGAUGCCUUUGGAGCAACCCUUCUGACGUUGAAGGAAACCUCCAAAGCCUCAGGCGGGAACAAGACGUCUAUUGCCGCUUACAAAGCUCGGAUGAUGACCGUCUAAAUGGAUCCCGACCUUCUCAUGAGCUUCAGCUGUCCUGGUGCCUUGAGAUGGCUUGUAUAUUUAGUUAUAUUCAUGACCUGUGUGUUCUUGUUGCGGAUAUUGUAAGCCGAAACUCUUUGCUCGAUUCAAAUUUGUUUCUUAAGUUUUGUGAUUUCUCUGAGGCGUCCCUCCUCCCGUUAGGGUCUCAUAUGGAGGCUGUGGAUGAUACCGGGUUUACUACCCAAAUAGAUAUUGGCCUACUCGGAGCAGUUAUGCAUGAGAUUGUAACGGGCGAGAGUGCCAAAAUUGACCUCUUCAGAGAUACCUUUUUCACUGACGGCCGAGCCUACAGGCCAAAGAGGGAGUAUUUGCCCGAGACGAGUGAUAUCUGGCUUGGUUGGAUUAUCGAAGGUUGCUGGGGCGGAUGA